GUGGGCGUGAUUAUUAGUUACAGUUUUAUUCCAUACAAUACAAUUUUGCCUGUUCUCUUCGCCACGUGAUCUCCAAAAGCCUCUUUUCCUUCCUUUCUGCUAUUCUCCACUUCUCAUUCAAUUUCCCAUUUCCAGAAGCAGAAAUCUAAUCACCAAAACCCUAGAAAGAACAAUCAAUCUCAUUUCUCUAUAUUCUCUGGCUGACUUCUUCUUCUGUCUCUCCAAUGGCGGAGGAGAAUUUUGGCACUGGCAGUAGUGUUGGUGGAGGAUCGGAGAUUAACGGCAGAUUGGCUUCUAUGGACUCUGUGGAGUCGCGUUGGGUCUUCCAAGACGAUGAUGAUUCCGUUAUGGACGAUGACGAUGAAGAUGAGGAGGAUGAUGGUGCUCUACACCGCACUGCUAUGGAUUCAGAAGACGACGAUGACAAUGCUGAGCAGCGUCUGAUCCGUACUGGUCCUCGCAUCGACUCCUUCGAUGUUGAAGCCCUUGAGAUCCCCGGCGCUCAGCGUAAUGACUACGAGGACUUCAGUGUGGGAAGGAAAAUUAUAAUUGCUUUUCAGACACUUGGUAUUGUCUUUGGUGAUGUUGGAACAAGUCCAUUGUACGCCUUUGAUGUGAUGUUUACAAAGGCACCUAUUAAUGGAAAAGAAGAUGUUCUUGGUGCAUUAUCACUGGUCCUCUAUACCUUAAUCUUGAUUCCCCUAAUCAAAUAUGUCCUUGUUGUUCUUUGGGCCAAUGAUGAUGGUGAAGGUGGUACAUUUGCCUUGUACUCCCUGAUUUGUAGGCAUGCCAAAGUUAGUCUUCUCCCAAAUCAACUUCCUUCAGAUGCUCGUAUAUCAAGCUUCAGGCUCAAGGUGCCAUCACCUGAACUUGAGCGAUCACUGAAAAUCAAAGAAAGACUGGAGACUUCACAGACUCUGAAAAAGUUGCUCUUGAUAUUAGUGCUUGCUGGUACAUCUAUGGUCAUAGCUGAUGGGGUUGUUACGCCAGCAAUGUCAGUAAUGUCAGCUGUUGGUGGUCUAAAGGUUGGUGUGGCUGCAAUUGAACAAGAGCAAGUGGUGAUGAUUUCAGUUGCCUUUCUUGUAAUUUUGUUCAGUGUACAGAAGUUUGGAACUAGUAAAGUGGGACUAGGAGUGGGCCCCGCUUUAUUCUUAUGGUUUUGUUCGCUUGCGGGUAUAGGGAUUUAUAACCUUGUUAAAUAUGACAGUAGUGUCGUGAGGGCAUUUAAUCCUGUUCACAUCUAUUACUUCUUCAAGCGGAAUUCUUCUAAGGCUUGGCGCGCCCUUGGAGGCUGCCUCCUAUGUGCAACAGGUUCUGAGGCCAUGUUUGCAGAUCUUUGCUAUUUUUCUGUCAGAUCAAUUCAGCUUACAUUUGUAUUUCUUGUUUUGCCGUGCCUUUUAUUGGGUUAUUUGGGUCAAGCUGCAUACCUUAUGGAAAAUCAUGCAGCGGAUGUGGCUGAGCAAGCAUUUUUUUCAUCAGUUCCAAGUAGUGCUUUCUGGCCGGUUUUCCUCAUUGCUAAUAUAGCGGCAUUGAUUGCCAGCCGGGCCAUGACAACAGCCACAUUUUCAUGCAUAAAACAAUCUACUGCACUUGGUUGUUUCCCUCGUCUUAAAAUCAUUCAUACGUCUCGAAAGUUCAUGGGUCAGAUAUAUAUUCCUGUCAUAAACUGGUUUUUGCUGGUAGUCUGCCUAGUUUUCGUCUGCUCUAUCUCAAGCAUUACUGAGAUGGGAAAUGCAUAUGGCAUUGCCGAGCUGGGGGUAAUGAUGAUGACAACAGUUUUAGUGACUAUUGUUAUGCUUCUUAUAUGGCAGAUAAACAUCAUUGUUGUUCUGAGUUUUGCGGUUAUUUUCCUAGGGAUAGAACUGAUCUUUUUCUCAUCAGUUUUAGCGCUUGUGGGGGAUGGAAGUUGGAUAAUUUUGGUUUUUGCUGCGAUUAUGUUCUUCAUAAUGUACAUUUGGAACUAUGGGAGCAAGCUAAAGUAUGAAACUGAAGUUAAGAAAAAGUUGUCUAUGGAUUUAAUGCGGGAAUUAGGCCCCAAUCUUGGGACAAUCCGUGCACCAGGCAUUGGCUUGCUUUAUAAUGAAUUGGUGAAGGGAGUACCUGCUAUUUUUGGCCAUUUUCUGACGACUCUCCCAGCAAUCCAUUCCAUGAUCAUAUUUGUGUGCAUAAAGUAUGUUCCAGUUCCAGUAGUGCCUCAGAGUGAAAGGUUCCUUUUCCGGCGUGUCUGCCCUAAAGGCUACCACAUAUUUCGUUGUAUUGCCAGGUAUGGAUACAAGGAUGUUCGCAAAGAGAAUCAUCAGACAUUUGAACAACUUUUAAUUGAGAGCCUCGAGAAGUUCAUUCGCCGGGAAGCCCAAGAACGGUCAUUGGAGAGUGACGGAGAUGAUGAUACAGACUCUGAAGAAGAGAACGCUUGUACCAGGGUUCUAAUAGCUCCCAAUGGAAGUGUUUACUCACUUGGUCUCCCUCUCUUGGCCGACUUCAGGGAUACAAGUAAGCCCAUUUCUGAAGCAAGCACCUCUGAGGAGGUGAAACUAGGGACUUCUGCAGACCCAACCACCUCUGAUCCAGAACUGAGCCUUGAAAGGGAGCUCUCUUUUAUUCACAAAGCUAAAGAAUCUGGGAUGGUCUAUCUUCUUGGUCAUGGUGAUAUUAGGGCAAGGAAGGAUUCAUGGUUUAUAAAGAAGCUAGUCAUAAAUUACUUCUAUGCUUUUCUGAGGAAGAAUUGCAGAAGAGGGGUUGCAAAUUUGAGUGUUCCGCACUCGCAUCUCAUGCAGGUUGGCAUGACAUACAUGGUUUGACAAUUGAUUUUGCUAUCCGAAAUAAUGCAAGUCUUAGUUACCUUUGAUACUGUAGUUCGAUGCAUGCAAUUGCCAAUUGAUUGGAAAGUUGCAUUCAUGAGUUAGACAAAAGGGUAUGUCAAUUUCUCAAUGCAAGGUGCGUAUGUGAGUCUACACAUACUUGCUUCAUUUUCUUGACUAAACCUCCUCGUAGAGUUCACUCUUUCGAUCAAGAAAGUUUUGUUAGUCUUGAUUUGGGCUUUCUUUAUAAUAUUGGUUUUACUGUUGUUACAUAUGCAUACGCAAUUUAACCCUUGUAAUUAACAUUUCAAACUGAUGUGAAUGUGAUUUGUUAUAAAGAAAAAUUCCACUAGA